UGGUUUUAUUAUUUUAUAAGGGAUUAUCAGGGAUUAUAAAAUAUUUUGUAACUAACACAAAGUGAAAGCCUACAACUAAAUUCGCACUUGCGGAAGCGUUAGAAAAUUUUGUUUCCAAGAUAUUACUGAAGGAAAAAUUUAUAUUUAUCAUUUAACAUGGGUAUUUUUGGGUUAUCCGGUUUUGUUUUUAAAAACAAUAGAAAUCGUUUUCUUGAAACACUUGAACUGAAAAAGGGAUCUAGCUUAGUAUUUGACGGGAAUAGCUACUUCAACAGAACAAAUGUGCCAAAAAGGUAUGGUGGUGAUUACGCUUCAUUGUAUGCACACUAUGAGCAUGACUUUAAGACUUUGCAACUAAUGGGAAUUACGGCAUAUGUUAUUUUAGACGGUCAACGUGUUGUAAACACAAUAAAGAAUCAACUAACACAAAAGGGUAGACAGAGGUUUCUAAACUGUGUUAAAAAGUUAGAUCAUGAUACAAAGGAUCGAGGCAGCUAUCCGAAACCUAUUUUUCUGAGAAAUGUAUUUCUCCAAGUACUUCAAGAUAUGAAAAUCCCACACGCUGUCAGUGAUAAUGCGGCUGAUACAGCUGUGGCCGCUGUUGCGAAGAAAUUGGGUUGCCCUGUUCUCAGUGAGGAUAGUGAUUUUUUGAUUCUUAAUCUUGAUCAUGGUGUUAUACGCGUGUCAGAUUUGAAGCAGUCAUUAAAGGAAAACACUGAUUGUGAUGUUUAUUACUUCAGAAAAAUGGAAAGCUAUUUAGAGAUCGAUCCCACCUUAAUGCCUUUCGUUUCUGUCAUUUUGGGCAACGAUUAUAGCAGCGAAAAUAGAUACAACGUUAAGAUUCAAAAGAGCAUCAACGCCUACGAGGCCAGCUGUUUUGGUGAAAGAUUGCAGCUUUGCCCCGUAAAUUCUUGGUACGAUAGAUGCAAUCUUGAACUAUUCAAAGACGAAGCUGUAGUGUUAUGCAGUUUACUUAAUGACACAGCAACUCCUCAAGAAAAACUCCAAAGAGUGUACAACACCAGUAAUGGUCAGAUCGAAGAAGUUGUGAAGGGUUUGUAUCAGAACGGUCUUGUUUGUGCAAGCAUUUCUGAUGUGUAUUUUUCUGAUAUUCACUUUAAUGCAGUACAAUGUGAAAACGUAAAUAUGGAGCCGAGUUGUCAAGCAUCGGAAAAGCUCAGAAACUAUAUGUACGCUUUGCUUAAAUAUGAGCAUCUGUGCAAAACGGAAACAGUCGUCAUCACUAAAUACAGAAGAGACGGUGAUUCCUAUAACGAUUAUAACAAGAAAGUAGAAACAAUCGAUUGGACCGACAUCCCUAUUGAUGUCUUGUUCAGACAGAGUUCCAGUGAAGAAGAAGAAAAAGACACUAACACACUUGAAAAAAGGCUUGAAAAGAAUAAAGAAAUUCUCCUUCAACUAGUUCAAUAUCCACAUGAAAACCUUAAAGAGGUUCCGCAAGAGCAUGAACUCUUUAUGUUAUCACUGCAUUACGUCAUUCUUCAACAGCAAGAACGACGAGAAAAAAAUAUCAAAUGGCUUCAUGUCAAAGCCUUACUUAUAUGCUAUCUAAAUUCCUACUACUCAACAGCAGCCGCAGAGAGCAGUCAUUUAAUGGUGGAUAUUGAUGCAUCGCAUGCAUUUGCUGAAUGGCAAUCGUGUUUGUAUUAUUUGGACAUAAUAAAUACAUUGUUUUUCCGCCCGUUUCAGUCUCUCAACUAUUCAGCUGUGUUCAAUGGUUCCUCUGCACAUACUAUAUUUAAGAAUCUCGAAAAAGAUAACGAUGAAGAGUUGGUAACGGAUGCUAGUAAAGAGAUGUACGCAAACCUGGAAAACAAGUUUGAAAGUCCGAUGAAAAGAAAAGUUUGUAUAAAAAGGAUAAGUUCGCAAAAAAUGCACUCUAUGUAUAUUAUUAUUAUGUUGAAAAAAAAAUGUAUGAAUCAUUAUACGACACAGAUUGUUGUUGGUAGUUUGUUGGACAAAUACAUUAGUUACACGCCAGGGCAUACGUUAAUUAUGCAACAAAAUGUCAACAAAUAUGGCUACUUUAGGAACUUGAGACUUUCAGAAUUAGAACACCGCAUUUACUUUUCUAUCGUAAAGAAAGUUGAGAGAGCAGCUCCUCUUUGGAUGCCAAAAUCCAAGGCGAAUUAUUAUUCAUUCUUGAUUGAAGUUUCUAUUGCAACAUUUUCCGUAGCAAAAUUUGGAGAAAAAAGGGGUGAUGUCAGGUUUGAAAAAGCCUGUGUCUCUCAUGAAACGCUAACUCAUCUUGGGUGUAUUUCGUGGACAUGUUAA